AUGUCUAAGAGACCAUCUCUAAGUUCUCAUAGCAGAUCAUUCUCUGCUAACAGAUCUAAUGAGAGUACUAUAAGUAGAGCUACUGGUCGACAGGGUCAGGUAUAUCCAGUGAUAAAACAAAGAGGAUAUUAUUCUGAUAUUAUCAGUAGUGAUGAUCCACCAGAAAAUCUACAGAAUAUUCUAAGUGGACCUGAAACUCUACAGAAUACAUUAUGGAAUGUUUCCACAGAGAAACACACACCCUUAGUAAAUUCAUUUAAAGCCCCAACCGUAGAAGAUGCACAGAAAGAAUUAGAUGAACAUGUUUAUGGUCCUACUACAGAACUCAAGACUAUUACUGAUUUUUCCUUGCAUUCAUCUGAACCUAAAGUUCAGCUUCCAUUCUACACUAAACCUGGAGAUUGCCCUCGUAAAAUUGAAAUUGAAAGGAGAAGACGCCAUUAUGCUCAAUUAGACCUAGAUGAUUUACUAGGUGAAUUCAACAUUAAAACUGAAUUAUUGAUGCCUAAGAAGAUUGUCAAUAAUAAUGUAAUUUUAAACGAAGAUCUUGAAAAUCCUGCACCAUUCCCACCGUAUUUACCUCUACAUAUUUUUGAUGAUGAAGAAUAUGACUGUCGUACACCUGAAGAAUGGAUUAAACUGGGUCAGACCAAUGGAACUCGUAAACCAGUUCCUGGAAAGGCUUUAUUGCCAUCAGAAGAUUCUGAUGCUGAGAAAGAUCCAACAGAUCCUGAUAUUGUUUAUGAUUGGUUUCAAGUUGGUGUUCUAGAUUAUCAUGAGAAGAGUAAACAAUACCUGGUACAGAAACUAGAUCAAGAUGGACGUGUUAUUGUUGAGAGUGAUGAAAACGGAGAAAUGGUGCCCAGCCCAAGUCAAUAUUGGAUACCUAGAAUAAGAAUGAUGUUCACUGCUGAAGACCCAAGAUUAUUUGCUAGACGUGUAGCUAAUGCAUUUGAAUUGAGAAGAAUGUGUGAAUCUGAAUUAAGAUAUAAUCUGUAUAUUGAUUGUAUGCCUAUGGAUGGUGUUGGUGAAUUAGAUCAAGCAUCUUUAAAGAGAAUGAUAGAAUGGGCAAAAGGUUCACCUGGCUUAUCUAAGGACAAAAAUAUUGAAGAUUAUAUCCAGAUCCUAGAAAAAGAAGUAAAUAUAGAUUUCUGUAGAUCUAUGAAUAGAAUUAUAUUUGAACAAACCAUUGAACAAGAUCCAGAUACAUUUGCUUUUGUUCGUGUACCUGAUCCUGUACCAGCAGAUAUUCCUCUGAAAGCAUGUUGUAUGGAUGUUCCAGUCUAUACCUUUGAUGAACAAUAUGAUAGUUUUGCUUUUAAUUCAAUAUUAACUAGAGAAGAGAGUAUACAAGCUACAGAAAGAGUUAGAACUGAUUGUAAUAAGGUAGCAGGAAUGUCUCUGUUUCAUAUACCUACUGCUAAAGCUAUGAGACUGGAAGAAUUUGAACAGACUCAAUCUCAGGCUACAUCACAGGUUUCACUAUUUUUAAAAGAUAGUUGGAUUACCAAUUUGAGAAACCAUAUCAGAACAGCUCUACGUGAUGUAGUUAAAGGCUGGUUUAACAUCCAUGAAACUAACUGGGAAGUUUAUCAAAUAUCUAAACUCAAGAAAUUUAUGGAGAUGGUCAAAUUUAUUAUGCAAGAUACUCUGAGAUUCUUAGUUCAAGACUCAGUUCAAAACUUCACCCAAAUGGUGGUUGAUGCCUGUCAUUCUACACUGGAGCUAAGUGAGGAAUUUGUCUGGGGAAAUGAAGUAAUGAAAAGCAACUAUAGACCGAAGAGAAAUGCCUUGUUUUUAGUUGAUUUAACAAUGGAUCCUGAAGGCGUUCAUUACAGUACCAAUCUCAAUUCAUUUGAAUCAACAUUAGUAGGUUUAUUUGAUAAGGGUAUUUUAUCAACACAGAAUGUACCUCAACUAGAAAAGUAUAUAUUAGAAGAUAUAUUCUGGUCUGGUACACCAUUAUUAGAGUCAGUAGGAGAACAUGAACCACCUAUAGAAGAUUUAAGACAUACUGUAAGAUUAGCUAUUAAACAAGCUUUGAUACCAAUGAAAGCAUAUGCUAGAGAAUAUGAUAAAUAUCUAGAAUUGUUCAACAUGGAUAUACCACAAUAUAUCAAGACGUAUGAAGCUCAGAACCACUCAGCAGCUGAAGUUAAGAGUGAAGUUGAGAUGCAUCUAGCUGAGAAAGAAGUAAUAGAACAAACACUACCCAGUCGUAUUACUAUUGGACCAUUUGAAAUUAAUACAGAUACUAUCAGACAAGCAUUAGCUAAGAAACGUAAAGCUCUAGGUAAUGCUGUUCUAGAGUUAUUGGCUAGACAACUUCGUAAACAAGCUGAUGAUGCUUGUGAAGAAUUUAAGUCUAUCAGUAGGAAACUGUAUGAGAAACCUAAUUGUAUAGAAGAAUUAUCAGAGAUCAGAGAAUGGAUGAAAGAUAUUCCAGAAAAACUUAAAGAUCAUCAAGAAUUAAUUGAUAAAGCUAUGAGUGAUUAUGAAUUGAUUGAAGAAUUCUAUUAUAAUUUACCUACUGAUGACUUCAAUGCUAAGUGGACAACAAUAGGAUGGCCACAUAAAAUAGAGAAUCAAAUGCAGCAGACUCUGAUACAGUUGGAGGCUGAUGAAGAAAGAUUCCGUAAAUUACAAAGUUCUGAUCAAACUAACUUUGAAGAUAGAAUGGACAAUCUUCAGAUGGUUGUAGCUGGUAUGGCUGCUUACACUGAUGUAUCAAAGGCACAAGAAGUUGCCAAUGAAGUCAGACGAGUUCAUAAACAACUGAAGGAGGCCCAGGGUCUAGCAUCUACUUACAAUAAUAGAGAGAGAUUGUUUGGAAUGCCUACUACUAAUUAUGAUAAACUGUCAAGACUUGCGAAGGAUUUCGAGCCUUUCCGAAAUCUUUGGCUUACUGUUGCUGAUUGGCAAAAAUGGCAUGAAAGCUGGAUGAAUGAUCCAUUGACUGCCAUUAAUGCUGAAGAAGUAGAGAAGAAUGUAAAUGAAGCUUAUAAAACAGUUCAUAAAUCAGUCAAGAUAUUUCAAGAUAUUCCAAGUGUACAGUUGGUACCAACAGAGAUUAAACAAGCUAUAGAAGAAUUUAAACCAUUUAUACCAUUGAUACAAGGUUUACGUAAUCCUGGUAUGAGAAAUAGACAUUGGGAACAGUUAUCUGAUGAUCUAGGAUUCCCUGUACGACCUAAAGCUAAUCUGACCUUCUCAAAAUGUCUAGAGAUGAAACUACAGGACCAUAUUACAGUUAUAGCUAAAGUAGCAGAAGUGGCUGGGAAGGAAUACUCCAUUGAAAAUGCCUUGGAUAAAAUGGAGAAAGAAUGGGAACCAGUUUCAUUUGAAAUCAUGCCAUAUAAAGAUACUGGUACUUAUAUUUUACGAAGUUCAGAAGAUACGUCUCAAUUAUUAGAUGAUCAUAUUGUAAUGACUCAGUCCAUGUCAUUCUCACCCUAUAAAAAACCAUUUGAAGAGAGAAUAAGUAGUUGGGAGAGUAAACUUAGAACAACUCAGGAUGUAUUAGAUGAAUGGUUACAAUGUCAGAGAGCCUGGUUAUAUCUAGAACCUAUCUUUAGUUCUGAAGAUAUUAACAGACAAUUACCUGUAGAAAGUAAAAGAUAUCAAACCAUGGAGAGAAUCUGGAGAAAGAUCAUGAAGACAGCUAAAGAGAAUCCUCAGGUGAUAUCUCUAUGUCCUGACAACAGACUACUAGAUAACCUGCGAGAAUGUAACAAACUGUUAGAACAAGUACAGAAAGGUCUUAGUGAAUACCUGGAGACCAAACGUAACUCCUUCCCACGAUUCUACUUCCUGUCUGAUGAUGAAUUAUUGGAGAUAUUGUCCCAGACUAAAGAUCCUACAGCUGUUCAACCUCAUCUUAAGAAAUGUUUUGAAAAUAUUGCUAAGUUGAAAUUUGAAGAUGAUCUGAAGAUUACUAAGAUGUAUUCUGGUGAAGGAGAGGAUGUUGAUUUCCGUCAGACUAUGUAUCCUACUGGUAACGUUGAGGACUGGAUGUUAGAGAUUGAACGUGUUAUGAGAGAGAGUUUACGUCUGAUUAUAAAAGAGGCAUUGGUAAACUAUAAAGAGAUACCAAGAACAGAAUGGGUAUUAAAUUGGCCAGGUCAAGUUGUAAUUGCUGGUUGUCAGACUCAUUGGAGUGCUGAAGUAACAGAAGCUCUAGAGAAAGGUGUAUUAAAGGAGUUAUUUACUGUAUUACUAUCUCAACUUGAUGAUUUAAGAGAGCUUGUAAGACAAGAUAUUAGUCGUAUUGGUAGAAUGACAUUAUCAGCUUUGAUUGUAAUAGAAGUCCAUGCUAGAGAUGUUAUAGCUAAGAUGGUAGCUGAAAAUGUUAGUGGAGCGAAUGAUUUUGAGUGGAUUAGUCAAUUGAGAUAUUAUUGGUUAGAAGAUGAGAAUCUAUACACAAGAGCUGUAAACGCCCAGUUUAUGUAUGGUUAUGAAUAUCUUGGUAACACAAGUAGAUUGGUUAUAACACCAUUAACUGAUAGGUGUUAUUUAACACUCACUGGUGCUCUACAUCUCAAGUUUGGAGGAGCCCCAGCUGGACCUGCUGGUACUGGUAAAACAGAGACUACUAAGGAUUUAGCUAAAGCUAUGGCUAUCCAGUGUGUUGUAUUUAACUGUUCCGAUCAGCUUGAUUUUAUGGCCAUGGGAAAAUUCUUGAAAGGUUUGGCAAGUUCUGGAGCUUGGGCUUGUUUUGAUGAAUUUAAUCGUAUUGACAUUGAAGUAUUAUCAGUCGUAGCCCAACAAAUUACAACUAUACAAAAAGCCCAACAACAGAGGGUUGAUAGAUUUAUAUUUGAAGGUGUAGAAUUAAAUCUAAAAGCAUCUUGUGCUGUAUUUAUUACUAUGAACCCAGGUUAUGCUGGUCGUACAGAACUUCCUGAUAAUCUUAAGGCAUUGUUCCGUCCAGUAGCUAUGAUGGUACCAGAUUAUGCUCUGAUUGCUGAAAUCAGUUUAUUCUCUUUUGGAUUCUCUGAUGCCAAGAAAUUGGCUAAAAAGAUUGUGACAACAUUUAAAUUAUCAUCAGAACAGUUGAGUUCUCAGGAUCAUUAUGAUUUUGGUAUGAGAGCUGUAAAAUCAGUUAUAUCUGCUGCUGGUAACUUAAAGAGACAGUAUGCUGAUAUGAAUGAGGAAUUGAUAGCUCUACGUGCUAUUAGAGAUGUAAAUGUACCCAAGUUUUUGAUUGAUGAUUUGAAAUUAUUCAAUGGUAUUGUGUCUGAUCUCUUCCCUUCUAUAAAAGAAGAAGCUAUAGAUUAUGGAGCAUUAGAUACCUCACUACGUAAAACAUGUACUAAACUUGGUAUACAAGAUGUACCUGGAUUUAUUAAGAAAUGUAUUCAGUUAUAUGAAACAACUGUUGUAAGACAUGGUCUUAUGUUGGUAGGACCUACAGCCUCUGGUAAAACUAAGUGUUACGAAGUUCUGCAACAUGCCAUGUCAGCUUUGAAAGGUCAGAUGUCACCAGCUGGUGUAGUAUUUGAAAUGGUACAUUCGUAUGUAUUGAACCCAAAAUCUAUCACCAUGGGUCAGUUAUAUGGUGAAUUUGAUCCCUUAACCCAUGAAUGGACUGAUGGUAUAUUAUCAACUCUGAUACGAGGUGGUUGUUCUGCUACUGAUGAAGAUAAAAGAUGGUAUGUUUUUGAUGGACCAGUAGAUGCUGUAUGGAUUGAGAAUAUGAAUACAGUAUUAGACGACAAUAAAAAACUCUGUCUUAGUUCUGGUGAAAUUAUCAAAUUGACUGACCAUAUGACAAUGAUGUUUGAAGUGGCAGAUUUGGCUGUUGCUUCCCCAGCGACUGUUAGUAGAUGUGGUAUGGUUUAUUUGGAACCAAGUUAUAUUGGUUUAGAACCGUUUGUGGAUUGUUGGCUACGAAAACUACCCGAUAAUUUAUACCAGUAUAAAGAUCAACUUAAAGCGUUGUUUGAUACUUAUUUGGAGCCUUCUAUAGAAUUUGUGAGAGAAAACGUAAAAGAAAUAGUAGGAACAGUGGAUGCUAAUUUAACGUUUAGUUUAUUAAAAAUGGUGGAAUGUUUCUUUACUCCAUUUAUACCCAAAGAGGUAGAAAAACAAAUACCAGAAGAAAAACUAGAAAGAAUAUCUGAGGUUAUUGAACCUUGGUUUUUCUUCUCACUUGUAUGGAGUAUUGGGGCAACAGGAGAUAACUCUAGCAGAUCUAAGUUCUCUGUUUGGUUACGUAAAAAAAUGGCUGAAAAUGAGGUGAAAUUAUCUUUCCCUGAAGAAGGAUUAGUGUAUGAUUAUAUGUUAGAUGAUGCUGGUAUUAGUGAUAUAUCAGGUGAUGAGGAAGAUGAUGAAGCCAAAAAUAAACAGGUGCAAUGGAGAAGUUGGUUCUAUCAACAGCCAGAGUUUUCUAUCAGUCCUGAAAUGAAAUAUUCUGAUAUUAUAGUACCUACUAUUGAUACUAUUAGAAAUGCUUAUGUACUGGAGUUACUGCUUAGCAAUAAGAAAACAGUUUUAAGUAUUGGUCCCACUGGUACUGGUAAAACAUUGACUAUAUCAGAUAAAUUAUCCAGAAACAUGCCUAAAGAAUAUAUUCCUGAUUUAAUUGUCUUCUCUGCUAAAACUAGCGCUAAUCAAACACAAGAUCUUAUUGAUGGUAAACUUGAUAAAAGACGUAAAGGAGUGUUUGGUCCACCAUUAGGAAAAUAUUUUAUAUUCUUUAUUGAUGAUUUGAAUAUGCCAGCUCUGGAAGUUUAUGGUGCCCAGCCACCUAUAGAAUUGAUAAGACAGUGGGCUGAUUUUAAAGGAUGGUAUGAUAGAAAAGCUAUUGGUGAAUUCCGUCAGUUGGUUGAUGUGAAUUUUGUAUGUUCUAUGGGGCCACCUGGUGGAGGAAGAAAUCCAGUUACAGCUCGAUUACUGCGUCACUUUAAUUUCCUGACAUUUACUGAGAUGGAAGACUCUAGUAAAAAGACUAUAUUUGGGGCCAUUCUCAAAUCCUGGAUUGGUCAGAACAGUAAUAUAAGAGAAUAUUGUGAUAAGAUGGUAACAACUUGUAUAUCAGUAUAUAAUACUAUAACAACACAACUAUUACCAACACCAGCUAAAUCACAUUAUACCUUUAAUCUACGUGAUUUAUCUAAAGUAUUCCAAGGCAUUCUGAUGGCAGAUCCCAAUAAAACAGAGGCAUUACCUGACUUGUUAAGAUUAUGGUAUCAUGAAAAUUGUCGUAUUUUCCAAGAUCGUUUAGUAAAUGAUGAAGAUAGAGUAUGGUUUGAUAAUUUAUUGAAAGAGAAGAUGAAGAGUGAUUUUGAUGUAAAUUAUGAAGAAGUAGUUACACAGGAACCUGUUCUUUAUGGUGACUUUAUGGUGACUUCAUCAGAUCUUAGACCUUACUUGGAAAUUCAUGACCAUGAAAAGCUAGUAAAAGUAUUAGAUGAUUAUCUUGAAGAUUAUAAUCAGAUUAAUACAGCUCAGAUGAAACUAGUAUUAUUUAUGGAUGCUGUAAAACAUAUCUGUCGUAUCAGUCGAGUUAUUAGACAACCAUUAGGUAAUGCUCUACUGUUAGGUAUGGGAGGUAGUGGAAGACAGAGUUUAACCAGAUUAGCUGCUCACAUGUCUGAGUUUGAUUGUUUCCAAAUUGAAUUAUCGAAGAACUAUGGUGUAGCAGAAUGGAGAGAAGAUCUGAAGAAUGUUAUGAUGAAAGCUGGUUUAGAAAGUAAACCAAUGGUCUUCUUAUUCAGUGACACACAGAUAAAAGAUGAUUCUUUCCUAGAAGAUAUCAAUAAUAUAUUGAACUCUGGUGAUGUACCAAAUAUAUAUGGGUUUGAUGAGUUAGAUCAGAUAUAUACUGCUAUGAAACCUAUUGUCCAGGAUGCUGGUUUACAAGCUACAAAAACUAAUUUAUUCUCAGCUUACACCAAACGUGUAAAGAGUAACCUACAUACUGUUAUCACUAUGAGUCCCAUUGGAGAAGUUUUCCGAGCCAGAUUAAGACAGUUUCCAGCCUUAGUAAACUGCUGUACUAUAGAUUGGUUUAGCGAAUGGCCUGCUGAUGCUUUACAAUCUGUAGCUAUGCGAUUCCUCAAUGAUAUCACUGACUUAGAUGCUUCAGAUGAAGUUUUGAAUGGUUUGGUCAGCAUGUGUCAAGCUGUUCAUAUGUCAGUAGCCAAAAAUUCUGAUAAAUUUUUGGCUGAAUUAUCACGUCAUAACUAUGUGACCCCAACAAGUUAUUUAGAAUUGUUAGGAAUAUUCUCUAAGCUUGUUGGAAUGAAGAAAUCUGAGUUGAAGAUGGCUAGAAACAGACUUAAGACUGGUCUCGACAAGUUGCUAACAACAGCUGAUGAAGUAGCUAAAUUACAAGAAGAAUUAGCUACUAUGAGACCUCUAUUGGAGGAGGCUGUUAAAGAAUCUGUUAGUACUAUGGAGAAAAUAUCGGUUGAUACUGCUGUAGCAGAGGAAACAAAAGCUAUAGUUCAGAAAGAAGAGCAAGCUGCUACUAUCAAAGCAACAGAGACAAAAACUAUAGCUGAUGAUGCACAGAAAGAUCUAAAUGAGGCUUUACCUGCUCUUGAUGCUGCUUUGACAAGUUUGAAAUCACUGAAUAAGAAUGAUAUUGUAGAAGUAAGAGCUCUACAGAGACCACCAGAGGGUGUAAGGUUGGUCAUUGAAGCUGCUUGUAUUAUGAAGGGAAUCAAACCCAAGAAAAUUGCAGGAGAAAAGCCUGGACAAAAGAUAGAUGAUUACUGGGAUGUAGGUAAAGCAGCCAUUCAAGAUCCUAUCAAAUUCUUAGAAUCCCUGUUUAAAUAUGAUAAAGAUAAUAUACCAGAUGAUGUUAUAAAGAGGAUUCAACCUUAUAUUGAUGAUGAAUCCUUUACUCCAGAAAAUAUUGCUAAGGUAUCUAAGGCUUGUACAUCUAUCUGUCAAUGGGUAAGAGCUAUGCACAAGUAUCAUUUCAUAGCUAAAGGUGUAGCACCCAAACGUGAGAAAUUGAGAAUAGCUACUGCUGAUUUAGAAGAAACACAAAGAAUGUUGGAUGAAGCUAAAGGAAGAUUACAAGAAGUAGAAGAAGGUAUAGCUACAUUACAAGCUAAAUAUGAAGAUUGUGUAAGGAAGAAGGAAGAAUUAGAAAAUAAAUGUGAACAAUGUGAAGCAAGAUUAGGAAGAGCAGAUCAGUUGAUUGGUGGUUUAGCUGAUGAGAAGACCAGAUGGAAAGUAUCAGUAGAUAGUUUGGAGAAGAUUGUUGAUAAUAUUGUUGGUGAUGUUCUCAUAUCAUCAGCUUAUAUCGCUUACCUUGGUCCAUUUACUGGUGAAUAUCGUUUGAAUAUGUUAGGUGAAUGGAUAAAGUUAUUAGAUGAAUAUAAAGUUCCAAGAACAGAGGAUCCCAAUCUAACUAGUACUAUGAGUGAUCCUGUUAAAAUCCGUAGUUGGCAGAUAGCUGGUCUACCUAAAGAUGCUCUAUCAGUAGAAAAUGGUGUUAUAAUCCAAUUCUCCAGAAGAUGGCCACUCUUUAUUGAUCCUCAAGGCCAGGCCAAUAAAUGGGUUAAAAAUAUGGAAAAAGACAAUGGUAUAGAUGUUAUUAAGUUGUCUGAUCGGGAUUUCUUAAGAAGUUUAGAAAAUGCUGUAAGAUUUGGUAAACCCUGUUUAUUGGAGAAUAUUGGAGUAGAAUUAGAUCCAGCUUUAGAACCUAUUUUACUCAGACAGACGUUUAAACAACAAGGUAGUACUGUGAUUAAAUUAGGAGAUGCUAUUAUACCAUAUCAUGAUGAUUUUAAAUUCUAUAUAACAACUAAAUUACCUAAUCCACAUUAUACACCAGAAGUAUCAACUAAAGUUACUAUUGUUAACUUUACUCUUUCACCAAGUGGUCUAGAAGAUCAGCUAUUGGGAACAGUUGUAGCUGAAGAAAGACCUGAUUUGGAAGAAGCUAAAAAUCAACUGAUUAUUAGUAAUGCCAAGAUGAAGCAGGAAUUAAAAGAAAUAGAGGAUCGUAUCCUGCAGCGUCUUAGCAGUUCUGAAGGCAGCCCUGUUGAUGAUGUUGAUUUGAUUCAAACAUUGGCUGCUUCAAAAGUAAAAUCUCAAGAAAUCCAGGCUAAAGUGAUAGCAGCUGAGAAGACAGAGAAAGAUAUAGAUCAGACACGUAGUCAGUAUAUACCAGUAGCUGUUAACACACAGAUCUUAUUUUUCUGUGUAGCUGAUAUGGCUAAUACAGAUCCUAUGUAUCAAUAUUCACUAGAAUGGUUUAUCAAUAUCUAUCUAAAUGGUAUUGCCAAUGCUGAACGUGCAGAUAAUAUUGCCCAGAGAAUUGAAAAUAUCAACAACUUUUUCACAUUCAGUUUGUACAGUAAUGUGUGUAGAAGUUUAUUUGAGAAACAUAAGUUGUUGUUUGCCUUCCUACUUAGUGUCAGAAUUAGAAUGCAUAAAGGUCUUAUUGAUAUGGAUGAAUGGAGAUAUCUGAUAGCUGGUGGUACUAUUAAACCAAAAGAUAUUGACAAUCCUUUUCCUGAAUGGUUAACUGAUAGAUCAUGGAAUGAUUUCCUUACGCUAGCAUCUCUACCUAAAUUUUCAAACUUUGCUGAGGAUUUUAAGAAUCAUGAAGAUGGAUUGAAGAAAAUAUUUGACAGCGCUGAACCUCAUAGAGAAGAGUUACCAGGAAAGUGGAAUACAGAAUUAGAUGAUUUCCAGAAGAUGAUAGUAUUAAAAUGUUUACGUCCUGAUAAAGUUACCAAUGCUAUGCAAGAUUUUGUUGCUAAAUAUCUUGGUCAAAGAUUUAUUGAACCACAGACUGCUGAUUUACAUUUAGUAUAUAAAGACUCCUCUCCCACCACACCUCUUAUCUUCGUAUUAUCACAAGGUACAGAUCCUGCUGCUGAUCUCUAUAAAUUUGCAGAAGAAAUGAGAUUUGCCAAGAAAUUAAGUGCCAUUUCUCUAGGUCAGGGACAGGGUCCAAGAGCUGAAGCAUUAAUGAGAAGUGCGAUGGAGAGAGGUAAAUGGGUCUUUUUCCAGAAUUGUCACUUGUCACCAAGUUGGAUGCCUUCAUUAGAAAGAUUGAUUGAACAGAUAGACCCUGACAAGGUUCAUCGUGAUUUCCGACUAUGGCUAACCAGUAUGCCAAGUGAUAAGUUUCCUGUAUUUAUUCUACAAAAUGGAUCCAAGAUGACAGUAGAACCACCAAAAGGAAUUAAAGCCAAUUUACUCAAAUCCUAUUCUGGUUUUAGUGAUGAUUUCUUGAAUUCUUGUGGUGAUAAGACUCCGGAAUUUAAACAUCUCCUACUAUCUCUAUGUUUAUUUCAUGGUGUAGGUCUAGAAAGAAGAAAGUUUGGAGCUCUAGGAUUUAAUAUACCCUAUGAAUUUACUGAUGGAGAUUUAAGAAUCUGUGUCAGUCAGUUGAAAAUGUUCUUAGAGGAGUAUGAUGAAAUUGCCUACAAGGUAUUGAUCUAUACAGCUGGACAUAUUAACUAUGGUGGUCGUGUCACUGAUGAUUGGGAUAGAAGAUGUCUGAUGAAUAUAUUACAUGAUUUCUAUGUACCUGAUGUAUUAAAUGAAGAUCAUGUAUAUUCUCCAUCCAGUAUAUACAGACAAAUCAGUCCUUCAAUGGACCUCAAUGGUUACCUAGCCUAUAUUAAGAGCUUACCUAUCAAUGAUACCCCUGAAAUAUUUGGUUUACAUGAAAAUGCCAAUAUUACAUUUGCUCAGAAUGAAACAGUAUUUAACUUGACUAAUUUAUUGAUGUUACAACCAAAAACAGCUGCUGGUGGUGGCAAGUCUAGGGAAGAGGUAAUGGAAGAAGCAGCUAAAGGUAUUCUAGAACAAGUACCCAGUCCUAUAGAUAUUAAACAUGUAAUGAAGAAAUAUCCUGUAUUAUAUGAACAAUCUAUGAAUACUGUUCUUACUCAGGAAGUUAUAAGAUAUAAUCGAUUAUUGAACACCAUACAUCAGAGUUUACAUGAUUUAUUAAAAGCAUUAAAAGGUUUAGUUGUUAUGUCACAAGGACUAGAGAAGAUGGCCAACAGUUUGUAUAAUAAUGCUGUUCCUGAUAUGUGGGCUGGAAAGGCCUACCCAUCUUUAAAACCUCUUGCCUCGUGGGUGAUAGAUUUGGUUGCCAGAGUGAAGUUUAUACAUGAUUGGAUAGAUAAUGGUAUUCCAACAGUUUUUUGGAUAUCUGGAUUCUUCUUUCCUCAAGCUUUCUUAACUGGCACUCUACAGAACUUUGCUAGAAAAAUGAAAAUUUCCAUUGAUACAAUCUCCUUUGACUUUAAGGUAAUGAAAGAUGAAAGUGAAGAAUUAAAGAAGGAACCAGAGUUAGGUUGCUAUAUAAAUGGGUUGUUUGUGGAAGGAGCUAGAUGGGACCAUGAUGCUGGUUUGUUGGCAGAAUCUAGACCUAAAGAAUUGUAUACGGAUAUGCCUGCUUUAUGGUUGAUACCUACUGCUAAUAGAAAACCACCAACAUCAGGUUUCUAUGAAUGUCCUGUAUACAAAACAUUGACUAGAGCUGGUACCUUGUCAACAACUGGUCAUUCUACUAAUUUUGUAUUUGCUGUAGAAGUACCCACAGAUUUAGAACAGAAACACUGGAUUAAACGUGGUGUAGCUAUGUUGUGUGCUCUGAAUUAUUAGUUUAUUUUGUCAUGUAUUUAUAAUUAUUUUAUUGUGUAUCAGUAAUUUGUGAAUAUGAAAUUCUGUUUUUCUUACUUAUUGAAAUCUGAACUUAUUGAAUAACUGAUAGACAUUACUUACUAGUGUCUACAGUCUUUAAGUAUAAAUUGCAUCUAUUGAAUAUCUUACUUCUCAGCAUUAUAAACUUCAAGUGAACAUUCCUCAUUAUGUUGUUCUUCAACAUUGAUAUAUUGUACAGAUUUUUUAUUUGAUAACUGAAAGACAAGUUAUUCUUAAAUUUUGAAAUCUAGGUUAUUUCUUAAAAAAGUGAGAGAUUUUUGUAAUGACCAAAGUUGCCAAGUACCAUCAUUAUUAAUCCAAAGAAUCUGCUUGAAAAUCACCUUCCAUCCAAAAUACUGUGAUAUUUAUAUCAGCAUUACAAUUAUUACUUUACUUUCUUUUACCUAUAUUCAAAUCAAUUAUUUGAUUUAUUUAUAUUAUUAUUUAUAGAAUUGUUAUUUAUUUAUUAGUUUGAUCUGUGAUAUAAAAAUUAAAGUAUCUAUGCUUAAA